AUGUGCCAGCUGGUGGAACUUAUAUACCACCAAACCCUCCAAGAGAAGCACCUGCACCAGGACUACCUAAAACAUUUACAUCGUCACAUGGACACAGACACAGGCAUGCACCAAAACCAACACAACAACCAACACAACAACCAACACAACAACCAGCACAACAACAACAACAACAACCAACACAACAACAACCACAAACAGAGCAAGGACAUAAAAGAAGUAGAGAACAAGGAAACCAAGAAUUCUUAA